UAUUAAAAUAAAGAUGAACUGUAAAAAUGAUAACAAAGUGAAAAAAAGUGAUUACCAUACCCCAGCAGAAUGGUGGUAUAGUAGUGAACUGGAAAUUAUGGCGUCCGAAAAACAACAAGAACUAUCUCAAAGGUUGGCAAUCGAAGCUGAUCAGUUAGUUGACCAAGCAAAAGAUGCCGUGGGGAAAAAUAAACUAGAAAUCGACCAUCAAUCGAAAGUCAAAGUCAAAGAUAUAGAGUACAAAUGCAGGGAACUAGAAACAUACAAAAACGGUUUAAAUGAAGAGAUUCGACUGCUGUUAGGCUAUCAGAAUCGCAUCGAAAACGCCAAAAAACGGCUUGUUGGAGAUGCUCUUGACGCCAUUGCCGAAUGUCUUAGGCUUAGAAAUUGUCGGCAGGGUAUUGAUUUGGUAUUUGAUGACGUAGAAAAAGAACUAUUGCGAGAACGUGAAGUAAUCAAAGUUGUUAACAGCCAACUCGAAGAUUUGGUAGAAAAAGUCAAAGUACAGAUAAGGAAACUGAGAGAAUUUGUUUACAACUUAGCUGAGGAUUUGAAAUGUAAAGAAAAUACAUUGAAAAUUGAAGAGUACAAUGAAAAACUAAAUGAAAAGAGUGUCGAGUUGUCUAUUUUGAACGACAAAAACAUAAUUAAACCAGCAGAAAUUUCAUUUUCUAAAUGGGAUAAAUUCACUUCGGACAUAAUAUUAGCAGCCAGUAAAAUUCUAAUAGAUGGUAGACCUAUUCGUGCAUAUUUUGACAAGUGUUUAAAUAAAAUGAUCAAUGACUUAGUGAGUCAAUCAAACGAAGUUGAAGAAGCAUUCAAAUCACGGGUACAAGAAUAUUUAGCAGUAAUCGAAAAAUUGAGUAAACAGAGAGACGAAACGAUCAAGAACGCAGAAGAAGUACAAGGAACAAUUAAUAAACUAAAAGACGCCAUCGACGAUAAAGAGGCAUAUAUAGCGCUAGUCCAUACUCGGCUGUUAAACCGUACACACAGAGAGGGUAUAGAACUGUGCAGGGACGAGUUGGAAGUGAAGCUAAAUGAAGAGAUGGUUGAGUUAGAACAUAAUGUGCGAAGUCUUCAAAAAAUGCUAGUUGACACGAUCGUGUGCCAGCGACGACUCAAACAAUCGUCAGCCCGUAUCAAUGUGCAGCUGAUCUACAAACGAAAUACGUUACGUAUCGAUGAUGAGCUGUGCGGCGAGCAACGAAAACGCAUCAAUUAUCGCGCCUUUUAA